GUAAACAUUCCCAUCCUUCGAUCAUGUUCUUGUUUUGUAGAGCUGUCGCGUCUCGGUGUUUUCGAUAUUUUGUGAAUAUUUCGCUUCUUAUUUAGAUAAUUGUGAUUUAAUUUAAGCUCACGUGUUUCUGAUGUUUUGAAUGCGUCAUCACAGGCUGCAUGUAAACAAAUUUACACCGAACUUAUCAGACAGGGCGAUUUUCCAGUAUUUAUUUUUAUUAUUAUUUGCAUGGCACAUAAUAUAGUCGUCAGCAAGACGGAUCCCUUGGGAUAUGCACAGCAUAGUGGAGCUCAAAGGAGUCAAGUGUGGAUAUCGCUGUGGCUACUGUGGGAAUGAAGGAGGGAAAGCCUCAUACGGCAUGUGGUCCCAUACUAUGACAGUGCAGGACUACCAAGAUCUCAUCGACAGAGGCUGGAGAAGAAGUGGCAAAUAUGUUUACAAGCCAAUCAUGAACAAGACAUGCUGCCCACAGUACACCAUCAGGUGCCAUGCCUUGAACUUCCAUCCGUCAAAGACUCACAAAAAGACCUUGAAGAGGGUGAACAAGUUUCUCUCCAAAGGAGAGAUGCCAGUAGAGCGGUGUGAUGAGGGACAUGAAGGAGAGCCGAUGGACUCUGUGCAUGAAGAAGGUGUUCGACCACCUCCUGAAGAUCCACUGAAAAUAGACCAUAGUGAAGUACAAGACAUCGCCACCAGCCCAGACACAGACUCCACCAACUCCACUGCACCCACAACACCCAGAGAAGACGCAGCGCCCGCUUCAGCUGAGAAAACCUCAAGUGUUACGCCCAAACCAGGUAAAGGAGCCGACCCCAACAGGCCUCAGUGUCGGAAAGCGAAGGACAUUAGGAAAGAGAGACGACUUCAAAAGGAGCAACAGAAGCAGCAAGAAACCGUGUCUUCUUCUCCAAAUCCAGCCCCAUCAAAAUCUCCAUCUAAUCAGCCCAAAUCAUUGGAGGAAUUCAUUACGGAGUCCUUACCCAAUGACCCGCUGCACCGUUUAGAGGUGAGGCUAGUGCCGGUCAGCUUUGAGGACCCGGACUUCCUGGCAUCGUACGAGCAGUCGGCGGCGCUUUACGCCCGCUACCAGAUGACCGUUCACGGCGACGCUCCGUAUGAGUGCGGGGAGAGCGAGUUUAAGAGGUUCCUCUGUGACUCUCCUUUAGAGGCUGAGACCGCUCCUGAUGGUCCUGAUGUGGGCUACGGCUCGUUCCAUCAGCAGUACCUGUUGGAUGGCAGAAUAGUAGCCGUGGGGGUCCUGGACAUCCUGCCCUCCUGUGUGUCGUCCGUGUACCUCUACUACCACCCCGACUUCUCCUCGCUCUCAUUGGGCACCUACUCUGCGCUCAGGGAGAUUGCCUUCACCAGGCAGUUGCAGCAGCAGUCGCCCAAACUCGCCUACUACUAUCUGGGUUUCUACGUGCACUCGUGUCCCAAGAUGCGCUAUAAGGGUCAGUACCGGCCUUCAGACCUCCUGUGCCCUGAAACGUACGCUUGGGUGCCCAUCGAGAGAUGCAUUCCCCGCCUUGAGAUCUCUGCCUACUCUCGUCUCAACGAGAACGCCCAAGCAGGUGAUGCUCUUGCGCUGAAGGAUCUGGGCAGGGCGUUGGUGCUCCACAGGAGGACAGUGAUGCCCUAUGCGGCCUACGCCCGUAAGCGGAAGGGUUUGAACGACGAGAAGGAAGUGGAGCAGUACGCUAGUCUGGUGGGCCAGACGUGUGCCGAGAGAAUCCUGCUCUACAGAGCUUAGAUCCCCUUAUACCGUACAAGCAUCUGUCUGUCUCUCUGUCUGUCUGUAAGUGUUUGUACGCUUGUCUGUUUAUUGUCUCCCCGAUUGUUUAUUUGUCGGCUUUUCUUCUUCAAGUAUUUUCCCCAUAUGUGUGUACAGUUUGCUUUCAUUUUUUGUAUUGCUUCACUCUCCCUGACUUUCGUAAUCUCUUUGAACUCUACUUUUAUAUUAUCUGGCGAGCAGCGCUUUAUAAUCCCACUUGCACACAUGCAUCACGCAAUCAUCAGGCACAUCUAUUGUCUCACAUUGUAUCCCAAGAUAUAACAGCUCACCAUCUUAACUAGCCAUAUAUCAAGAAAUGAUGUGCGCCUAAAUAUGUGUCAUGUCUGGAUGACUGUGGUUACCCUAAAACAUUUGGCCUUUUGUGACAUAAUCGCUGCUUUCCCAAACUGUUUAAUAUUCCUGGUAUUUAUAUAUCUUCUUAAGUGACUAACACCAUCUGAAGACUUGUCAUUGGAUUUUCUGGAGGGUUAAAUCAAUCCAUUUUCCUGUGGAACAGAUUUUUCUUUUCUCACUUUCUUUCAGUUGAAGUAAUAACUCGAGUGCUUUUAUUUUAAUAUUAUUGUAAUGUUUCAAGUAAAAUAAAAAAUAUAUAUAA